UGCCGUUGUUGAGAGAGGAAACUUUGUGCCCGCUCGACGUUAUUUCUUUUUGAAUCCACCUCGUUCGUAUAAAGUCCUUUUCGCUCUCAACCGCUCUUUGAACACAGUGAGUGCCUAGUGUCACUGCUCAUCGCCAACAAAAUCACUCGAAUCCCCCAAUUUCCUAGUAAUCUCUGUCAGCAAAUUGAGUGCGUUCUUCCUGUCACUCCGGACUACUGUGAACUAGAAGUUGCAUAGAUUUUCGCUGUGUUCGUUAAUCUUUGUCGUCGUCAUCAUCAUCAUCACCGUCACCAUACAUAGGCGAUAUCUUGGCAGUGGCAACUAGUGCAUACCUCAGGAGCCAAGCGCCGAGCGGAGCACCGCUUUGGAAGACGGAAAAAACCACACCAUUUCCACGUAUAAAUCGGCGGAAGGAUGUUCUCCUGGAUUUUAAAAGACGAAAGUCGCAACAAGAACGCCGACACGUACAUUUCCGUUGUUGAGGGUCUUAAAAAAAUUUACAAGGAAACGAUUCUUCCAUUAGAGACGUUCUACAACUUCCACGACUUCCAUUCGCCUAAGCUCGAUGAUCCAGAUUUUGAUGCCAAACCGAUGGUCUUGCUGGUGGGCCAGUACUCCACCGGAAAAACAACCUUUAUUAGAUACCUACUGGAGCGCGACUUUCCCGGUAUUCGUAUCGGACCUGAACCUACAACCGAUAGGUUCAUAGCGGUGAUGUACGGGGAAACCGAUGGAGUGAUUCCCGGUAACGCUCUCGUCGUUGACCCCAAAAAACAGUUUAAGCCAUUGGCAAAGUUUGGCAAUGCUUUCCUCAAUCGGCUGCAAUGUUCAACACUGAAUUCGCCCGUCCUUCAAAGCUUGACCAUUGUGGAUACGCCAGGUAUUCUAUCUGGCGAGAAGCAGCGUACAGAUCGUGGCUACGAAUUUACUGGUGUGUUAGAGUGGUUUGCCGAGCGCGUCGAUCGCAUUAUCUUACUAUUUGACGCGCACAAGCUUGAUAUUUCGGAUGAAUUUCGAAGAUCGAUUGAGGCGCUUCGAGGACACGACGACAAGAUCCGGAUCGUACUCAACAAAGCCGAUAUGGUCAAUGCACAGCAGCUGAUGCGUGUAUACGGCGCCCUUAUGUGGUCGCUCGGCAAAGUGCUGGGAACGCCAGAGGUCGCUCGUGUCUAUAUUGGCUCAUUCUGGUCUGAGCCGCUUGGGUUUGACACCAAUCGAAAGCUGUUCGAAGCCGAGGAACAGGAUCUAUUUGCCGAUAUUCAGAGCUUACCAAGGAAUGCUGCACUCCGAAAACUCAACGAUCUUAUCAAGAGAGCAAGGCUUGCAAAGGUCCACGCCUAUAUAAUCAGCGCAUUGAAAAACGAGAUGCCUUCGAUGUUUGGCAAGGACACUAAGAAGAAGGAACUUAUCAAGAACCUCGGUAAUCUAUAUGUGCAGAUUCAGAAGGAGCACCAGAUCUCAGCGGGUGACUUCCCUGAUAUUAAGGACAUGCAGGAAAAGCUGCUCAACUAUGACUUCACGAAGUUCCACCCGCUACAAAAACGCCUGUUGGACAACGUUGAUAAGAUGCUGGGUGUCGAUAUUGCCAAGGUGAUGGCGAUGAUUCCCCAAGAGCAAACUGAUCACAAACACGAAGCGGUAGUCCGCGGCGGUCACUUCGAGAGCAAAGGUACACCAUUCGCAUAUGGCCGUGGCGAAGGCAUCGAUGCUGGAUCUCUCCAAAGUGAAUGGGUCGUUGAAAAGGAACGCCACCGUUACGACGAGGUCUUCCAGAGUUUGGAGCCCGUCGACGGCAAAGUAUCUGGUCAGGCUGCUAAGCAGGAGAUGAUCAAGAGUAAACUGCCGAAUGCCGUUCUUGGAAAGAUAUGGUACUUGAGUGAUCUGGAUAGAGACGGUCACCUUGACGCUGACGAAUGGGCGCUCGCGAUGCAUUUAAUCAACAUCAAACUCAGCGGUCACGAUCUUCCGGCCGAGCUUCCCGAACAUCUCGUGCCACCAUCGAAGCGGGGUUUCUCCACUUCGUUGAACUGCUAGCCAUGAACAGCAGAGGGGAUUUUUACCUUUUGGACGAUGGCCUAUUGACGAAAGAGUGUACGCUGUUAGAUUUUAUGGAAGGCCAGAAAUCGGCCGACUUGCUUAGUAAUCGUAGUUACUGCCACAGCUUCGUCUAGCUAAUGGGAAAAUGUGCUCGAACAAAGAUACGUCAUUAAUGGCGAAUGUCAAUAGCCGACUGCGUCAUAAAUGCGCUGACACAAUUGGUAAAGUGGCAGGAUGAAGCAAGAUUUUAGGACAAGCCUGUAUUGAAAGCAGUUCCUCGUGGACGUUGAAGGGGAUCGCUUGCAUGGGAAGACCAAAUUAAGACAAGUUGAUGUUGCAGCUGUUUUCCAGUACCAAUGAUAAGCAACUAUGCGAUUGAUCGAGGGCUCCAUGAAGAUGCAGGGGCAUUAUUGUUAACGUUACGAUGAUAAAGAAGAAGACGACGAGACGAUACGUCGUUGCAGGAGAAACUCCCGAAGCUGUGAAACUUUUACAUUUAUAAUUUAGUUAAUUAGUAUUAGUAGUAUUUAAAAAGGUCGGUAUCAUAUUUAAGCGGCUUUGAAUUGAUGAUAAAGCGAUACAGUAGUGUCUUAUCUUCAGUCAUGAUAUUUAUUCUACGUACCCUUUUUAAUCUGCAUUGAUAUAUGUUGUUUCAUUAGGUUUUUUUGAACGUCCAUACACUUAUAAACUUUACAAUUAAAUAAUGCCUGCUGGUAAGGUUGCACCUUAGGAAUGGAAUAGAUACAAGUUCCCUGCACGUUGCUAAUUAUAAUAAUCAGCCUUCUUAAACGAAAGUACUUGAUACAAUCGUAUGAUCGAAUUAGAACGAACGGAGCUCGGGCCAAAGUAGAUGAGAAAAGAACUUGGCUAGAACUGCUGAAAAGAGUUACUUACUUUUACUGCCAACGAAGCGGUGCCAGACGUAUUUGAAUUAUGCGUUCGCGUAGAUGGCAAAUAUGAUGAUAUAUACCCUUAUACAGGAUGAUAUGUAAGCAGUCGACAGGCGAAUUUGCAUAGAAAGAUGUAUGCAAGUAUAUAUAUAAACUAGUAUGGUAAGUGUUCCAUUAUGUGAACGUAUUUUAAUUAGUUUAGCUAAUAUAAAGAGACAUAUAUGACAAAUUAACACAUAUGCAAAGAACGUUUGGGCAGAGAAAUAAGCAAAAACUGAACGAAUACGGGUGAAUGAGUCUGUCUUACCGGUCGGUAACGCUAUGGAAGGGGAUAGUGCCUUUGAAUCAACCGUACUAAAAGUAAAACCGUAAAAAAAACAAAUUAAACAAACAACCACAGCAAUAGCCAUCUGUCUGGCUGUAUAGUUCCAUUACUAGGCCAUAGCUUUGAGGACUCGAGACAGGCGUUUCGAAGUAUAUAGCGACUGUUUUAGGCAAGAGAUACUCAGUCACCUUUCCUGACAGAUUGUUGAUCGUCCCAGGUAACCCUCGUGUGUGACGGUAUUCGGAGAUCUACAGAUUGCUAGUAAGACGAACGGCGAGAUAGAUGCCACACGAUGCUUGUUUCCGCAGCGUCUUUUCCCAAAAUCAGAGCCGUUUGUGGAUAAAAUCAAACGCCGUUAAUGGCGAUCAUAAUGAUGGUGAAACCUAACAAUUUACUAAAGGUAGCAGAUAGCUAGGAAGAAGCAGGCUGGCUAAUUAAAAUGAUUUUCUAAUGUUAGGUGAUAUGUGUGCGUUUGUGGGUGGGCGCGUGUGUGGGUGUGUCUGUAUGUUUUGAUUAGGUCAAGACAUAUAGGUCAUUAGGGAAAAAUGAAGCGAAGACCGGACUAAGGUGAAUGUUUAAAAUAGAUAUAUAGAGAGGAUUUAAUAAACUGACAAGGGCCGACAAUUCUGUUACAGGGGUAUAUAUAGGUAUCAAUAAUUGCAAAUAUACGUAUCGCCGGCCGUAUCGUCGCAAGACCAUAUCGAAACGACACACACACACACACACACCGUACAUAACCGUUAUUUACAAAUGUGCGUACAUAAAAUUCGAAGAAGGCGAAUUGCUCGAUGCAUUGUAAGUAAAGAAAUUCUCAUGUGAUGUUAUUAAAUCAAAUAAGCAAAAUAGUGCAAAUGGCGCUAUAAAAAGGCUGUGCUCCUUCUCCUUAGGAAGUACACCCCGCCCCGAUAAAUAGGCCAUUUACGGCACAGAUACAAACACAUAUGGUACAUGCGGGAAAAGAAGAAGAUCAAUAUGAAGUCGAACCAGAUCGAUAUAUGACGAGAAAUGAAGGAAUAACUGCUGUGUACAUUUGUAUUGUUAAUAAGCGACGGAUAGAAAAAAUAUAUAGAUUGCAAAAAAAUAUAUAACGAGGGAAAGAACCGUACCGAUUACUGGUUAUGUUAUAAAAAUGAUAUUAACAAUAACAAUAAAGUCAAACAUGCAC